AUGGGGGAAGGAAACAAAAACGCUAACACGAUCUACAUAGUUCCCGAUCUUCUUGAAGAAAUUUUCCUCCGAUUGCCACUGGAAUCAAUCCGCAACUGCAAAACCGUCUCCAAACAAUGGAGAUCAAUUCUGGAAUCGGAGAAUUUCGUUAAAAGGCGUAUUAAUCUUAAAAAGAGCCGGAAAAUCCUGGCGGCUUACAACUGCAAAUGCGGCGACCGGCCGAGACUCCUCCCCGAGUCGCGGUUCGAAGGAGACGAAGAAAUCGUCUAUCUGCACUGCGAUGCGACACGACCCUCGAUGAGUUGCAACGGUUUGGUCUGUUUACCCGAACCAGAUUGGAUCGUCGUUUUGAACCCAUCGACCGGACAGCUCCUGCGGUUCCCUCACGGCCCAGACCGAGUAACAGAAACAGGGUCGGAUUACUUUCUGGGGAAUAGGGUCAUUGGAUUCGGUAGAGACGAAGUUACGGGGAGCUAUAAAGUGGUGAAGAUGUUGGUUGAUCCUAUGCAGAAAGAAUGCGAGGUUCUUGAUGUCGAAAGUGGUGAGCGGAAGCUAGUGGAGCUACCUCCUUACGUGAGGUGUGUGGGAAGAGAGCCGGUGUGUGUGAAUGGAUCGAUCUAUUGGAGAUUUUCGGGGAUGUUACAGAUGAGAUGGGGUACCCAUAUUCUAGCUUUGGAUCUUCACAAGGAAGAGUUCCAUAUGGUCUCAGUACCGGAGACGUUGGUCAAGCAAGAAACUCAGAUUGCGAACCUUGAGAACCGUCUAGCCAUAGCCAACGCCCGGAGAGUUGGGACUGAUAGGAUACUAGAGAUAUAUAGGAUGAGUGCAGGAGAAGAAACAUGGAGCAAGACUUACUCCUUAAGUUUAGCUAGUCUUCUAGAAUUACCGAAGUCAAUCUCAAUGUGGCACAUGUCGUUCACGCCGGUUGCGGUAUCUAAGCAAGGGAAUCUUGUCUUCUGUAACGAUGACAAGAGGUUGUUCAAAUAUUAUUCAGAGACGGGUGAGAUCCGCUGUCUCUCCUUAGAUAUGUGUGUCAUAUCUCCUUACCUCGAGAAUGUGGCUCCACUCCGGUCAGAAUCGGGACGACACCAUCCUUGUUUUAAAGCCAGGACAUCUAGAUGCAGGUUGUUUUCGCGGCAUCCGGUGGUAUCAAAGUUUUUGAAGUGGGUCAGAAGUUGGAUAAUAGAGAUUGUGUUAACUACUGCAAUAACGACAAACAAGUUGUGGAAAGAAGAAAGUCAAGUCGAUAUAUCAAACCGAACCGGAAGUUCUCGGUUUGAAUUGUUUCUUUUUUAUUUUUUUACUUCUGUUCUUGCUUCCUUGUUUCUAAGGGCCGCUUUUAGGAGCUAA